UGUUUUUACUUCUUUCUCUACUUAGUCAACUGCAACAGUGUUCUUUGUUCUUGUUCAUCAACAUCAUUUGUGUCUUUGUGGUGUGGGUGCGCAUAUGGGUGAUCAAAUCUGAGUGAUACAGAGUGAGAAGUUGUCAACAAGAAAAUUCAAUAAGGUAUAAUGUGAAGCUAGCAUGAUAAAGUGCUAGAAGGAACUUGACACUGAAACGGCAAAGCGAGGACACCCCGCGACGGGGAAAACAGGCCACAAAAAUAAUCAUCUAAGUAGACCAUUACAACAAUGACAACUACCGGAAAUCAAUAUCCACUGAAAAUAGAGAAACGAGACUUGGAUGAGGACGAAAAACAUUGAAAGUAAGUUGGGGUCUAUCGCUACUGCUUAUAGAAGUUUAAUUCAAAGAGAAAAAGUAGAAAACAUCAAACACUAUGGGCAACUUCACAGCAUCCGGUGUCGAGUCUAGCUUUGCUCAUAUGGGCAAGUGCUGCGGAAGUGACACGAGCUAUCUUUACCAUGAGAGGGAUAACGAGAUAGACGACCAUCGUGGAGGAGGCGCACGAUACAGUACUAGUGGGAGCUCAUCAGUGACCUUGGGUUUAAAUCGAAGUGCAAUAAUAUCAUCUAGUGGUGGUGGCAGUAGACAUCAAGGUGGGCAAGAAAGUACAAGUAGUGGUCCUCGUAGUGCUGGGAAGAAGAAAAAUUAUCAUCAAGGGAGUUCGAAUGAGCAACAAGCAUCUUCAUCUCCGUCAAGUGGUAGGAUGGUAUCUUCACCAGUGCUGUUGGCUUACACCGAGCCACCUUCUUCAUCUUCAUCCAGUUCUACUGCAGUGGAUCCAGAAGACUCUCUGAGUUAUACUGGCACCUCUGUGGAUCAGCUUCAUCAACUACAACUGCAUCAAAAAUCUUCGACAUCAAAUCCCUACGACGACUGGCGAGUACUGACGCAGGUGCUUGAGGAGGAGGAGGACAUUUUCGGCUUAAACAACUUACUUCAGUCGAUGCACGGGAUGAAAGAGGCGAGGACGGUCAACUUGCUCAAUGCCAGAAACCACAAAGCGAAACAAGCUAGCGGUGCUUCUGGUGCUGGGAGUAGCAGUAGUAGUACUUCCGGCAGUACUAGUACAGCAGCAGGAGCGUCGACGGUUUCUUCUUUAUUCAUGAAGAACAUGAAAAAUAACGACAAGAAGAAUGAAGAUUCCUCAACAGCAUCGUCCUCGUCAUCGUCCACAGCUGCAACGGCGCAACAACCACAGGCAUUUCAGCCGUUUCGGACGCUGCAUUUUGAAUACGUGCUAGAACGUGGGUCAGAGCCAGAACGUCUGGGCAUAGACGUGGAUCACAUUGAUGAAGGAACAGCUCUUAGGAUUGAAAGAGUGCAGGAAUCUGGUAUUCUAUCUACUUCUUGUGCAGCAUGGAAAUUGAAUACUUACACAACACGGGGGGAUAGUUUCAGUUUCCUUUUCUUUUUUGAUGAUCAUAGUCGCAUUUCAACAAUUUUUUCUUCAGCAGCUUGGCAAGAAGAUGACACGCAGCCGAUAGUUCUUGUACUACAACAAUCACAAAUCGUCAAAAUCUUCCAAUGCACCCUCCAAGGUUUAGUCGGUCGGUGGAACCAUCGUCACAACGCAGGGGAGCGCAUCUUCGCAGGCGAUAAAGUGCUGAGCGUAAACGGUGUCCAAGGAAAUGCUCAGGCCAUGAUAGCAGAGUGUCAAAAAGUUGAAAAGCCGUCGCUGCGAUUUGAGGUGUCUAGGACAGUGCUGGUCGAGUCUCGGAAGAGGAACAGCGAAGAGCAGCUCAAGAGUGAAGAGGAAGACCUGGCCAGGCAUCGGCAGCAAUUGAAUGCAUGCUGAGAAUCUUAUGGUGUAUUUGCUGUGAGCCGGAUUUUAACCGAGGAAGGAAUCAAGACCGACACCGCUAAGUAGAAUCUCAUCGAAUGAAUGCUACAUUAAGUACUUCUAGUUCGUUAAUAAUUCUUGCCAACUACAUCUACGUACAAAUAGAAUAAGUAGAAAAAAAUGAAAAUGCAAAUUGACAUGAUUUUUAGGCUAGACAAAAAAUGACAUCGACAAUGGUCGAAAUAUGAAAAUGUUGAUCCUAUUUUGAGAAUAUUCUAACACUAACGAACUAAUUUGCUAGACCACCUUGAGCUUGUCUUUCUUGCGAUUAUUUGCUACAGAUUUGGACAGAACAUAUGGAUUCUAUUGGUAUUAGUUGUGACAUCCAUCAUCUCCUCACACUGGUCUGGAAGGACAAGGACUAGCUGGAGAAGACGGCUCCGCUCAUCUUCAUACGACUUCAGCAGCCGUUUCUAGAAACUUCACACGUCUCUUCCUUAUUUCACAUCAAUAACGCAAGCAAAAGCAGAACUACAAGUUACUUACAGUAACAAGAAAAACAAAAGCAUACAGUUCGAAGAUGAUGUUGUGGAUCGAUGCU